AUGCACAGCAUGAUGCAAGGACAGAGUGAGAUUCACAGAAAGAUAAGUAUCCUAAUCCUCAUCCCUUUUACUUCAACAGGCACUUUCACAGCAACCGUCAGCGGGAUGUACUUCUUCCGCUUCUCCAUGUUUAACAACCUCGCCCAAACUCCAAACUCGGUGGUGAGUCUCAUGAAGAACGACGAAAGGCUGACGUCCGUCUGGGACGUCUCAGGCUCCGACAGCAAUGACAUGGGCAGCAACGCCGCCGUCAUCCCUCUGGUAGCGGGAGACGCGGUGUAUGUGGAGCUGAUGGCAAGCAGGCUUGUGUAUGAUGAUGGGAUGAACUACAACACCUUCAGCGGCUUCCUGCUCUUCACCAUGUGAUUCUAACGUCACGCUGCCACCGCUUCAUUAUUUCGCAAUAAAAUAUAUUUGUAAUGUAGCUUGAAAAAUGUCAGAAAAAUCAUGUUGCAAAGGUUAUAAAUCUAAAUUUUCUUGCA